AUGGGACGCAUGUACGGACCCGGCAAAGGCAUGUCUGCCCGCGCUCUCCCGUGGCGCAGAAAGCCCCCGACGUGGCUGAAGAUCAAGGCCUCCGACGUCGAAGAGCAUAUUGCCAAAUUGGCAAAGAAGGGACAGACUCCCUCCCAGAUCGGUGUUACCCUCAGGGAUUCCUUCGGAGUGCCGCAGGUCAAAUCCGUCACUGGCAACAAGAUCCUCCGUAUCCUCAAGCUCCAAGGUCUCGCCCCGGAGCUCCCCGAGGAUCUGUACUACUUGAUCAAGAAGGCCGUGAGCGUGCGGAAGCACUUGGAGAGAAGCCGAAAGGAUAAGGACGCCAAGUUCCGCCUUAUCCUCGUAGAGUCGCGUAUCCACCGCCUGGCCCGCUACUACAAGCGCACGAAGCAGCUCCCCGCUACCUGGAAAUAUCAGUCUUCAACGGCCUCCGCCCUCGUGGCGUAA